CAAAGGUAGAUAACCUGACUGAGCUGAGAUGAGGAGUAGCCUAUAUAAGAAACGGUGAGGUACUGAGUGAUAACCAUAUUCCCAUUAUUUCUUCUUCAGAGAGCUGCACAGAGUGACUGACAGGAUGACAAAAGCAGUGGUUCUGUUUUCGGUGCUGCUCCUGGGUUGUAGCUGGAGCCUCCAGGGGGUCCAUACGCAGGAGGAUGAUAUCAUGGAACAGAAGGUGAAUGGUGCUGAAGCUCCUGCGGUUGAUGCUCCUGCUGCUGAUGAUCCUGCUGUUGAUGCUCCUGCUGUUGAAGCUCCUGCUGUUGAUGCUCCUGCUGCUGAUGAUCCUGCUGUUGAAGCUCCUGCUGUUGAAGCUCCUGCUGUUGAAGCUCCUGCUGAUGAUGCUCCUGCUGUUGAAGCUCCUGCUGUUGAAGCUCCUGAUGUUAAUGCAACUGCUGUUGAAGCUCCUGAUGUUAAUGCAACUGCUGUUGAAGCUCCUGAUGUUGAAGCUCCUGCCGUUGAAGCUCCUGCUGUUGAAGCUCCUGCCGUGAAGCUCCUGCUGUUAAUGCAACUGACUUUAACAAAACGGGUAAGUGAUAAAUAUACAUCAUGUGAUUAACUUCAUGCCAUAGUA